AUGAGAGGAACAACAGAAGUUCAGUGGCCACGCAAGCAGCAGCAGGCAGAGACUGGUCGAGAAAGCAGAGCUACAGUGGGCAGCUUCUGCACGAGGGAGUGGAGCAGCAGUGGUGGCAGCCUCAAGACAGAGCGGAGCAGUGGCAGCAGAACUCAAAAUCUAGUACAUUGUAUUUUCAAAAUAAAAUUGCAUUACAAUAAUUUCAUACAGGAAUGGACAGACCACAAAUUACGCUGGAAUCCUGAUGAAUAUGGUGGAAUUCAUUCCAUUAAAGUGCCAUCAGAAUCUCUCUGGCUUCCUGACAUAGUUCUCUUUGAAAAUGCUGAUGGACGUUUUGAAGGCUCCCUCAUGACAAAAGUCAUCGUGAAUUAUAACGGAACUGUCAUUUGGACCCCUCCUGCCAGUUACAAGAGCUCAUGCACCAUGGAUGUCACCUUUUUCCCAUUUGAUCGACAGAACUGCUCCAUGAAGUUUGGGUCCUGGACUUAUGAUGGCACCAUGGUUGACCUCAUUUUGAUAAAUGAGAACGUUGACAGAAAAGACUUCUUUGACAACGGAGAAUGGGAAAUACUAAAUGCAAAAGGGAUGAAGGGAAACAGAAGAGAGGGUCUGUAUUCAUACCCAUUUAUUACUUACUCUUUUGUGCUGAGACGUCUGCCUUUGUUUUAUACCCUUUUUCUGAUCAUCCCUUGCCUGGGGCUGUCUUUCCUAACAGUUCUUGUGUUCUAUCUACCUUCUGAUGAAGGCGAAAAGCUUUCGUUAUCGACAUCUGUUUUGGUUUCCCUAACGGUUUUUCUUUUAGUGAUUGAGGAAAUAAUCCCAUCUUCUUCAAAAGUCAUUCCUCUCAUUGGAGAAUAUCUGCUGUUCAUUAUGAUUUUUGUUACCCUGUCAAUCAUCGUGACCGUUUUCGUGAUUAAUGUUCACCACAGAUCUUCCUCAACGUACCACCCCAUGGCCCCCUGGGUUAAAAGACUGUUUCUUCAAAAACUCCCUAAAUUACUUUGCAUGAAGGACCAUGUUGAUCGGUACUCUUUCCCAGAUAAAGAGGAAAGUAAGACAACGGUGAAAGCUAAAGUCCUGGAAAAAAAGAAAAGGAAACAAAUGAGUGAUGGAGAAAAAGUUCUGAUUGCUUUCUUGGAAAAGGCUGCUGAUUCUAUUAGGUACAUUUCAAGGCAUGUGAAGAAAGAGCAUUUUAUCAGCCAGGUAGUUCAAGACUGGAAAUUCGUAGCUCAAGUUCUUGACCGAAUCUUCCUGUGGCUCUUUCUCGUAGUGUCUGUUACAGGCUCCAUCUUGAUUUUCACACCGGCUUUGAAAAUGUGGCUGCAGAGCUACUACUAG